AUAUUUGUCUAUGAUGUUUAGUUGACAGUAGAAUUAUUUUAUUAGUAAGUAUGUAGUAAGUGAUGAUGAGGGUUAUCGUUUGAUUACAAAGUUUUUGUUAAAAAUGUCCACUUUAAUGUGGUCGUGUCCAUGUUGCCUUCGGUUUAAAUUCAGUCCCGAAGAACUUGAACAACGCUACAAGAGCCACGAAAUCGACAAAAUUAUUGAAAAAGACAGACAAGCUAUGAAAAGACAGGUCAAACUCCUCUUGUUAGGCGCUGGGGAGAGUGGGAAAUCUACUUUUCUAAAACAAAUGAGGAUAAUUCAUGGUAUUAAAUUUGAAAACUAUUUAAUUAAGGAGUACCAACAAGUGAUUUAUCAAAAUUUAGUUAAAGGUAUGAAAGUGCUCGCGGACGCUAGAGACAAGUUGGGGAUACAGUGGGGAGAUAGUAAUAACGCGGAGUACGGUAAAAAAUUACUCGAAUUUGAUGGUAAAUUAGUACUGGAUUCGAGGAACUUUAGUCAAUUCUGUCCUAUUUUAUCUAAAUUGUGGAAAGACAGUGGUAUAAGAAGGGCGUAUGAACGCAGAAGGGAGUUUCAGUUGAGUGAUUCUGUAGAAUACUUUCUCAACAAUCUAGAUCGAAUAUCCCGACCGGAGUAUAUUCCAACAAAUCGAGAUAUUCUCCAUUGUCGAAAAGCUACCAAAGGUAUCACAGAAUGCGUGGUACCCAUUAACGGUAUCCCGUUUCUUUUCGUCGACGUCGGAGGACAGAGAUCGCAGCGACAAAAAUGGUUCCAGUGUUUUGAUUCAGUUACUUCCAUCCUAUUCUUGGUAUCUUCAUCUGAAUUUGAUCAAGUGCUGUUGGAAGAUAGGAAAACAAAUAGACUGGAAGAAGCGAGAGAUAUAUUUGAUACUAUUAUCAAUAACGUCAUCUUCAUUGGAGUUUCAAUUAUACUGUUUUUAAAUAAGUAUGAUUUAUUAGAAAAAAAGGUGGCGAAUCCUGAAACAGACAUCCGCUGGUACUUUCCACAAUUCAAGGGAAAUUCCCAUUCGAUGCAAGAUGUCCAAGCGUUCAUCCUUACGAUGUUCACAGCCAUCAAGCGGGAUCCGAAGAAACCUCUUUAUCAUCAUUUUACCACCGCAGUUGAUACAGAGAACAUUAAGGUGGUGUUCAACUCCGUCAAAGACACAAUCCUCCACAGAAAUUUGGAAAUUUUGAUGCUUCAGUGAGAGUUGCGGAAAAUUAGAUUCACUAGGCUGUGUUCGAUGCAACAUAGAUUUUAUUAAGACUGAUUUAAAGUGGAUUUCUCAUUUUUUUUAAAUGUUGGACACCUAUAACAACUUUUAUUUUAAAAUGAACGGAUUCGAAGAAAAUAACGCAUCACUUCCCAAUGAAAAUAGUAUACAUAAUUAAAAUUUACGUAAUUCGUUUAUGGCGUUUAAACAGUUAUUAAAAGAUCCUAUAAAGUCGCCCGAAACUUUUUUUCAUGACAUCAUAGUCCCCGUUUUAGAAGUUCAUUGUUUUUCCAAACAUUUAUGAAUGGAAAUGAUCCGAUAUAUAAACAGUUUUACGACCGAUAUAAAAAAGAAAUAAAUACAUUCCUGUUAUAAUUAGUUUCGAUGAAAAAUUUCGUGUUGCUUUCCAAUUUUUUUCCAAGAAAAUCCGGAAAAACCAAAAUAAUAAUCAUAUCGUGCCUGAUUUGCAGUAUAAUACUAAACACACUGUUUAAUAACAUUUAUCGUUACUCCAAAUACAUUAUUUGGUCUUUCGACCUUCUAUUCGACCCUUCGACCCUUCUAAUUGUAUUAUUUGGUCUUUUGAGCCGGUUAUAUAACAUAUGGAAGGUUAGAAAUGUCAAUAGAGUGAUUAGAAAGUUCCAAGGACCAAAUAGCGCCUGAUUUGCAGUAAAAAAUUAAAUACUUCGUUUAUUACUCUUCACUGAUGAUCAAAAUUAAUCAUUUUUGGUCCUUCAAGCCUCUAAUUACACUUUUUGGUCUUUUGAGCCGGAUAUAUACCAUUUAGAAUGCUUGAAGGAUCAAAUAGUGUAAUUAGAAGGCUCGAAGGGCCAAAUAUCGCGUGAUUUGCAAUAUAUUACUGAAUUAUACACCGUUUAUUACCCUCAAUUGAUGAUAAAAAUUAAAUCAUUUCGUCCUUCAAGGACUAUUAUUAUGGUAUUUUCUUUGGGUAAUGCGUUAUUUUUGCUUCGAAAAAUUAUUUUGUGGGUGGUACGAAGUUUAUUUCCACUAAGGAAUGACCAAAGAUAUUGUUUCUCAGCUUGAUUUCACCAGCUUGAUGAAAUUUUGCGAAAUGUAUUUUUAUUUGUAUUUAAUUGUAAAUGUAAAAAUGUAUGAAAAUUCACCUUUAGAUUUAUAUCGUUUUUAAAGUGGACACUUUAUAAAUAGUCUAUUUUUAAAAGUUUUCAGAAACAGCUCCGAUUUUGAUGAUUUUUUCAUGUAUAUUUUCCACAAUUCAGUUUUAUCUAUAUUUUUGUAAAAAAGAAAUGAAUUGCUAUGAAUUAGUGGAUCAUAUGCAUACUUUAUAUCUAAUAUGAGUAAAAUGUGACCUAGGAAGUGUAUAUUUCAUAAUUUUGACAUAUCUGUCAUCAUUCCUUUUGAUUAUGGUCAUUAAAGUGUGAUGUUUUGUACUAUUCGCCUUAGUUGGAACUGGAACAUAGUCCUACUUCAUAUUUGUAGUUAUUUUUUUUUUCAAAUAUCACCCCAGAAGUCUUUUGUUUCACAAUUUUGAUAAAUCUGUUUCCAUUUCGUUGGAUUGUGGCCUUGUAAAUAUCAUUUUGUCUUACUAUACAUCAUAGUUGAUGCUAAAAUUUGAUUUUUUUGCUGUUAGAUGGUAAAUUGUAGCCAGACUUCAUAUUUGAGAUUGUUUUUUUCAAAAUAUGAAACCAUCAGUGUCUUUUUCUCAAUUUUGACAAAACUGUUACUAUUUCAUUGGACUCUGUCAUCUAAAAUAUAAUUUUAUCUUACCUUAUACAAUUGGUACUCCUAAAAUUCGAUUUGUUUGCUGUUAAAGGGUAAAUUGUAGCCAGAUUGUAUAUUUGAGGUUCGUUUUUCAAAACAUGACCCCAGCAGAGUCUUUUUCACAAUUUUGACAAUUUGUUUCCAUUUCGUUGGUUUGUGGCCUCUAAAAUCUGAUUUUGUCUUACUAUACACCAUAGUUGCUGAUGAAAUUUGAUUUUUUUAACCAGUUAAAUACUGGAACAUAGUCCUACUUAAUAUUUAAGGUUGUUGCUUUCGAAUUAUGACUCCAGAAAUGCCUUUUUCACAAUACACCAUAGUUGACACUAAAAUUCGAUUUUUUUGCUGUUUAAUGGUUUUUUCCUAAAUAUGAUCCCAGCAGUGUCUUUCUCAUAAUGUUGACAAAUCUGUCACAAUUUCGAUGGAUUCUGGCCACAGUUGCUAAGCCAUUCGACUAACACAAUUGCAGUCAGAAAAGGAUUGAUAUCAAAAUUGUAGCUUCUAUACAGUCUAAACACUCUAUUGUCUAUUUCAUCCCAAUUUUUAACAAAAAGUUAUGAUUUCCUUCUCUAAGCCAUGUAGAUGUGUCUUAACUCUAAUAUAGUUUCCGAUAAAACCUCUGUCAACAGCUAGCGAAGCUUUAGUACCAAUUUUGGACACUAUUUGUUCCAAAUGACCAUUGUCAUCCCUAAUGGAUUACCAUUUUCAGUAUAUGGAUUUUAUUGAAGAUUAAUUAUUGGUAUGACCAGAAGGAUUACCAUUUUUAGAUUAUUAAGAUACUAUGAUUAAUUUGAGAAUUUUUGUAAAAAAGAGCAGAAAAUAGAGAAGAACAAAAUUAUUCGUUAUAAAAACACUAGUUAUAAAUAUAUAUAAAAAAUUUUUAAAAAAAUUAUCAAAAUUUGAGUUGAUUCUAAGAAAAAACUAUUGAAUUGGUUUGUUCUCUACAUCAAACGUAUUUUAGUUUGAUGUAGUUGUAGUUGAAAUUCAUGAAAAUUUAUUCGAAUCUUUAAGAAAAAGCACAAUUAAGAUUUGCCUUGAUAAAUUACUAAUAAUUGUAAAUAAAUAUUUGUAAAAAAAUUAUUUUCAUAAGAAUUUACUGCGAUAGUAUUAUCUACAGCUGUGAAAAUGCUCUUCCAUAUUUUUUUUGAAUAUUUAUUGAAAAUGAGCAGCUUUUGAUACCAGAUUAUACUGUACCAUAUACACUUUUGGAAACAUUAAUCAUUAUAAUUUUUUUUCAAUUAAUGUGAGGAUUAAACUUUGACUUAAAGUUACUUGAUCUGCUAUUUAUCUUGUUGUCUCUAACAAAAAAAGUGUCAAAACAUCUAUUAAGACUAAGAACAACUAGUAGUAGUUUUUGAUUCGCUUUCUUAACAAUCAUUUUCCAUAAAUUCGUGCAUUUCCGUUGUCAAAUUACUGUUUGAUUCGUUUAUUUAAGAAUUGAUCAUUAAAAGGAUCUGAUUUUUCGUAAACAAAUUCUGUAAAAAUCAUUUUUGAACCAUAAAGGCAUUGAAAACUAUUUUCGGUUCUUUUUGAGUCAUCAAAAGGAGUAAAGAUCCUUUUGACUUUAGCCCUUUUAGAUGUUUUACCACUUCCUUGCUCAAAAUUUACUCACAGACAUGUUAUUAGUAAACAUUGAUUUCCAUUACAAGGAAAAUUAUUCAAUUUAAAAAAAACUACCCUGUUUAGAUGGUCAUCAAAGUUUAAUGAAGAAAUCCUUUGUUUUAUUACUUUUUAAUAUGAUACUUUAAUGGGAUAAUCAAGUAAUAUUAGUCAUUAAACCUAUAGUGACGCAAAAACAACUACUUUAUAUUUAUUAUAUUUCAUACUACGAGGGUUAUUUGAAAAGUUGAGAUAUGUUUAUUUAUAAAACAACAAAUUAAACUUCUAAUGUAUCUAUUAAUUUAUAUAUUUUGUUUCUUACUGGUUCUUGUUUAAAUCUUCUUUUUUUCGGUUUAAGUGCAACAUCUUCUAUUGUAUAGAUUUCUUUUUUUUUGGUAUGGGUGUAUUUCUUCCAUCCAUGAAAAUAUCAAAGAAAAUAUAGUUCAAUUAGACGUUUUUUUGCUGGAUCGUGUAUAUGCACCUUAAACAAUAAGAUAAUUCAUGAAAUGCUACGAAAUAAUCCUGGUAAUUCCAUAUUUUAAUGGAACAAAGUAAUAUUAUUUUUUUUUUGACUGCUUUUUUUUCCUGAUCAUGUGAAUACACACUUAAACAAUCAGAUAUCUUAUAAAUAAGAAUAAAAAAUGUAAAAAAUUACUUUGAUACUAUAACAAACAUUAUGAUAUUUUCACAAGAAGAAACUAAAAAUGGAAUUAAAUAAAAAAUAGACGUUUUUCUACCAGAUCUUUUAACGACAUCUCAAAAAAUUAGAUAUUCAGAGAGAAAAUCUUGCGUGGAAAAUAGAAAGUAAAAGUAAAAGAUUACUUUUGUACAAUAAAAGCGUUAUAUUUUCACAUAAAGAAAUUAAAAAUAAAUUUGUAUAAAAAAAUAUACGAUUUUUCUGCCGGAUUGUGUAACCACAUCUGACAAAAAUAGAUAUUUUAUGAAAAAUAAACGAGAAAUGUAAAAGAACACUCAGUACAUCACUUUUCAAAUCAUGGAGAAACUUGUACUGAAAUAGUUUGAAACAUUUAAGAUAUUUUUGCCAAACUUUUCUACCCGUCAGCUUGAUGUUCAGAACAUUAAACUCAAUUUCAGUGCUUCUUUUUACUUCAUUUUAAAAAGUCUUUCUUAUUUCAAUCUAAUCCUUUGAAUUAUCAUUCAAAUUACAGAAUAUUCUUCUGUAUAAUUUUUCAUUGGCACAUGGAAUUUUUUAACUUCUUUAGAGUACUAUGACUGAUGUCCUUUGAUCGUCUUUGUUUACCACUUUCAUUUUGAGCCACGAGAAGAUCUGUUCGACUCAAUUUUUUUAAUUUGCUGAGUUAUGGCAAUUUAGGGGCUCAAUUGAAUCAGUUUACUCACAAAUUUCGUCACUUUGAUGUUUCGUAAAUAUUUUACCAAAUUUUUUCUAUCUAAUAACCAAAUAUUGUUAUUUGUAACAAAAUACAAAAAUACCUGCAGUAAUAGUUUAGAUCACCAACCUUAAUUUUUUUUUCCAAAAUGGCUUAAUAACAUACUGGGAUUAUUAGUUUGAAUUAACAAUUUUUAGGGCGUCCCUGUAUGUUUGAGAUGACCAAUUACUCAGGGAUUAGUAGAGUCACAAUAAUAAAUUAUCGACUUUUGUUUGAACUUUAGUAUUUUGAAAAAUGGAUAGAAUUUGUUAUAUUUGUUUCCAAAAGAAACGCCCAAAUUAUUCAUUCCAAAAAAAAAAAAAAUAUUAGAUUUUUAUUUAUUUUAAAUUAAGGUUACGUAAACCUGAAAUUUCUUUGGUUUAUAAUUUCAAAUGUAAAAAAGAUAUUCUGUAAUUUGCAUUUCAUCGUAAUACAUAGUGUACAAAUUGUUUAUUAAAUUACUAUAUAUAUUUUU